AUGGCUUCGACAGGAGACACGGCCCCUGCAAAUGCCAAACAAACCUUACAUAUCCAACAGCCUUCCGUCUCUGACUCACCCGAUGCCGAGCCUUCCGAAAAGAAGGUUGACCAGGAGCAUCUGGCUCCGGAAUCGGUGUCCCUAUUGAGCGAGAGUUCACAGGAAUCGAGGGAGGAAGCGAACCGGCUCUACGACGACCUCGAAGUGCUCCGGGCCGAGCGUGUUGUCUCCCAUCAGCACCGAACUGAAGCCCGAGACCGUUCCAAGAACCGGAGCCGGACCGAGCAGAUUGAAGAUACAUUCAACAGGGCGGCCACAUCCAGCUCGUCCGUGCCGAGCACUCCUCCAAAGUCCACUUGGCUCACGCGACUCUGGAAGUCGGUUAAAAAGUUUCCUAGGGUGCUGCGCUAUGUUGUCUACGCUAUCCCUCCCGGCGUGGUUAUUCUGGUCCCCAUAUUUCUGGAUCUUUUUGCCUAUAAUCGUCAGGCUAGACCGGUUGGCGGCCCUGGAGGAGUCCGACUGCUCUGGUUUGGCAUCUGGCUUGAAGUCGUUUGGCUCACACUAUGGGCCUCACGGUUGAUCACUGCGCUGCUUCCUUACAUCAUGGCCUUUGUCGCCGACACAGUUGGCUCAGCAAAUCAUAAGAAGUGGAGGGAUAUUGGAAAGCAGCUAGAGUUGCCCACUUCUCUCUUCAUUUGGUUGCUCACAGUGUUGGUCUCAUAUCACCCCAUCCUUGAUGACCACCGGGUAUGGAAGGAUGGGGAGAAGGAUACCGAAAAGCGGACUAUUUUAUGGCUUACUAUUGUCUGGAAGAUCAUCAUCGCCUUUUUCGUCCUUGUGACGCUCAAUCUUGUCGAGAAGAUCCUGAUCAAAUGGAUCGCAAGCUCUUUUCAUCUCCGGACAUACUCACAUCGCAUCCGCGAGAACCAGAUGCAAGUCGAGUUUUUGGUCACGCUUUACACCUACGCCAAAGCCAAGCUUACUGAAAAAGAUUCGGUCUGGGAUAACACCAACGCGGGUCACGUCUCCAUCAAGCCUCCCUCCACAAUGAAGACAAUCCAAGAAAAUGCCCGACACGUCAUGCACAAGGUUGGAAACGCUGCUUCUCGAGUUGCGGGUGACUUUACAGGCCGUCGUCAUCUUAAAGGCAACCACCCACGAAAGGUUGUGUUAGAGUUGCUUCGGAACACGGAGUCCAGCUACACGCUUGCUAGGGUGUUUUACCGGACAUUUGUCCAGCCGGGCAGGACGACUAUCACAGUCGAGGAUCUGUACCCGGCUUUUGCCACCCAGGAGGAUUCCGAGACUUGCUUUGGUGUCUUUGACAAGGACUUGAAUGGCGACAUAUCGAUGGAGGAGCUCGAGAUGGUGUGCAACGAGAUACAUCUCGAGAAGAAGGCCAUUGCCGCAUCACUGAAGGAUCUGGACUCGGUUAUCAAGAAGCUUGAUGAAGUCUUUAUGUUUCUCAUCGUCGUCAUUGUUAUUAUUGUCUUCAUCAGCAUCAUCUCCAACUCGGCUGCUGCAGCUCUCACCUCAACUGGGACUUUCUCUAUAAUCUUCGUCUUUGUCAAACACCCCUUCGAUGUAGGCGACCGCGUCACCAUCUACGGCAACACCGGCUCUAUGAUGCGCGGCGACGACUACUACGUUGUCGAGGUCUCCCUGCUGUACACCGAGUUCAAGAAGAUGCAAGGCCACGUCGUGCAAGCCCCCAACUCCAUCCUCAACAACCUUUUUAUUCUCAACCAGCGCCGCAGCCAAGGCCUGGCCGACCCAAUCCCCCUCAAGCUCCGCUUCGGCACGACCGAGGCCCAGAUUGAGGAGCUCAAGGCCCGCAUGGUCGAGUUCUGUCUACAGAAUAAGCGUGAUUAUGCGCCAAAGAUUAUUACAGAGGUGCAGACCAUCGACGAGGUCAGCAGCAUCACAGUCAACUUCGUUUAUUUUCAUAAAAGCAACUACCAGAAUGAGCUGCUUCGCUUAACUAGACAUAACCGGUUUGCGUGCGAACUCAUGCGCAACAUGAAAGAUAUGGGUCUCGAAACACCAAAAGUUGUCCAACCGGGCGGUAUGCGCGACAUGCCGCUUUACUGGGCGCAGGUACCGCCGCCGGCACCAGCUAUGCAUGAUUGCUCUUCCCAGUCGCCGUCGGAGAUGUUUGGCACGUUCCUCGGCACUGCAGGGUGCGGCCCGUCCCGCAGACGAGGCAGCCGUGCCGCGGUGGUGGAAGCGGGGAUUGACUAUCAGGAUGUGUAUCACAGCCGGAAGAAGGAGUGUGGGAUGACGAGGUUACCGUCGAUACGGCAGGCGCUGAGGGAUGAGGAAGAGGAGGAGGAUGGGGAGAGGCAUGAGGGACCAAGGAGAUAUCUUGCGGCUGGAUAUGAGGAGCCGCAGAAGCAUAUGGAGAAGAGGUAUAGUAUUGAUAGCUUGUCGUCGGGGACGACGCAAACGCAGAGGAGAAGAAUGAUGUGGCCGAGGAGGAGUGCCAGUCGGGGAGGGAAUCAGGGGUCGAUUAGCAAUGCUGUGUAA